CUACUGCAUAUAUUAAACAUGGCGGCCCCCAUGAAGAAAACAGUUGAACUUUUCUAUGAUGUGGUUUCGCCAUAUUCAUGGAUUGGUUUCGAAGUACUAUGUCGAUAUAGAACCAAGUGGCCAAAUAUGGAUCUGCAGUUCAAACCUUUCUUUUUAGGAGGAAUCAUGAAAGAAGCAGGAAACAGACCCCCUGCUAUGGUUCCAAAUAAAGGUAAAUACAUGGUAACAGAAUUGCAGAGACUUGGGAAAUAUUAUGGAAUUCCAUUGAAGCAGCCAAAGGACUUUGCCAGUGUAAUGUUUGGAACUCUUCCGGUUCAGAGGUUCCUGACUGCUGUGGAUAUGACCAACCCAGAAUUUACAGAGGAACUCUCAAGACAGUUCUGGUUCAGAAUUUGGAAAAAUGAUGAACCAGUCACCAAACCGGAACAUUUUGCAGAGGCUGCAAAAAAAGCUGGAUUGAAUGAAGAUACGAUAUCAUCAGCAUUGAAGAGAAUGAAAGACCAAGAGGUUAAGGACAGACUUUCACAAUACACAAAACAGGCCUUAGAUGAAGGGGCAUUUGGAAGUCCUUGGAUUAUUGCCCACAUUAAUGGGGAAAAAGAAUCAGUGUUUGGGUCUGAUAGAUUUCCAAUAUUAGCCAUGCUGUUAGAGGAGGAGUGGCAUGGUCCAGUAAAGGAAUUAUCCAAGCUUUAAAUAGGACAACACACACAAUGGAGGAUUGUUUUACUUGAAGAAUCUUGCCAUGAAGUAAUGUUCAAUUUCUGUGAUUCAAGGGCAGCUUGUUCGUUGAAUGUUGUGAAUGGGGAUACCCCUACAUUUAUUGCUGUGUGGGUACAUCUGAACACGUUUGCUCUUUGUAUAUAUACGAUACAUGUAUCAGAAAAUUCUAAGAUCUUUUAUAUGCCUUUACAUAAUUUGUCACAAUUUUGCUACACCCUGUAACAGUCAGAUGAAAUAUAUUUAUUCAAAUAAAACAAUACGUGUACAC